AAAAAAAACAUUUACAGAGCGAGUGAAACUUCUGUGUGUGUAGCAAAAUAGUUUCCUCCGUGUAAGCAUAAAUGCAAACCUGCUGUUCUGCAUGGGCACGUUUUCUAUUGCACGACAACCUGCAGUUCACUGCUUUUACACGUGUAACCUACACGACGGACCAGCCGACGUGAAAUGAGCUCCAUAUAGAGGCACUGAGUGAAAUUAAUGCAUUUGCAAAUUGAGUAGCUGCCCUCGCAUGAUGGCGGAUGAACGUGUCCGUGGGGCAGAUCGCGACAUUCUCAAACCCCACCGACGGUGAGGCUUCGGGAGGAGAGAAAAGACAAAUUCUGUGAAAUCCCACCAGGAACUCUGUUUCUGGAAAAAAUGCCCCGGAAAGAGCCGCUCGUUUCGUCAUUUUGAGAUACGGAGGGGAGGAAAAUUUCUCCGCAUCAUUUUGGGAGGACGGACUCUUGUUUGGCUGUUUUUAGAGAAGGAUUCGAGGAGGGAGAGAAGAUUUGAAGACAGCGGUUGAGUCCUCGCAGCUCUGCACCGGGAGUUGAUUUUGCUCUUGCCGAGCAGUCAUGAGCUGUCAGGAGGUUCCCAACCCGAGUCAGGAGCCGAAGGAUUCGGCCGUGGCGUCCACAGAGGCGGGAGCCACACAAGCUGUGCCCACAACCUCCCCAAAACCUCAGAAAGUGACAGUGAAGACUGAGGUGGUGUCUCCCGGUGAGUCCCUGGCCAGUAAUGGCAAAGCCAGUGACGGAAACCUGCCCGCUGAAAUCUGUGUGGUUUUAGGAAGCUCGCGCAACUCGCAAACUCAAGGUUCUUAUAUUUGUGGAGUCUGUGGAAAAAAGUACAAAUACUACAACUGCUUUCAGACGCAUGUACGAGCUCACACAGAGACGGAGGGAACGGCGUCAGGCGAGGGAGUGCCCAUAGGAAUCAAUAGUUCUUUUCGCUAUACAUGUGAUGUAUGUGGGAAAAAAUACAAGUACUACAGCUGUUUUCAAGAGCACAGAGACCUCCACGCUGUUGAUGAUCCAUACGAUCAUGUCAUCCCCGUGGAAGAUCUUAAAGAGGAGGCGGAAACUUUCCAGAAAAUGGGACCAAAAACGGGAAGUUAUACGUGCGAGUAUUGUGGAAAACAGUACAAGUACUUCAACCCGUAUCAGGAACACGUGGCUCUUCACGCUCCCAUGAAGGGAACUUUUGGCCUUAAACUGGAAGGGAAGUUAUCCGGCCAGUCUAGUCGUGCGGACAUCAACAAUUCUCAGAACUCUAGUGAUACUCCAACCAGCCGGGUGUACAGUUCACUAUCCAGCCCUCAGAAAACCUACACGUGUGGAGCCUGUGGAAUUCAGUUCCAGUUCUACAACAACCUUCUGGAGCACAUGCAGUCCCACGCCGCUGAUAAUGAGAACCAUGUCAAAGAAGAGUCUCCUAAACCCUGCCAGACAUCCACAGUCACACAAGAGCAGAUGUGGAAAUCUCCUCCGCCGGCACAGCCCAGAAACCACGUCCCCUCAUUCCAAACCAGAUUAAUCCCAGAAAAAGAGAGGCAACAGGUGGCAGAGCGCUUGCUUCGAGUCAUGUGCGUGGACCUCGGACUGCUUGGCGUUCUCAGCAGUAAAGACUUCCUCAAACUGGCUCAGACCCUGGUGGACACAGGAUCGCGCAACGGCGCCUACUCCAUCCGCGAAGCCCUGGGAGACAUGAGCUCGCUGGCUCUUAAGCAGCUUCCCCGUAUGUACAAUCAGGUUAAAGUGAAAGUCACCUGUGCCCUGGGCUCCAACUCUUCGCUGGGCAUCGCUGUAACCUGUCAUUCGCAGACUGUAGGGCCCGACUGUUGCUAUCUGCUAACGGCGUAUCAAGUGGAGGGCCUACGACUGCGGCGCUACGUGCUGGGACUGAAAGAGGCCUCUCUGAGGGAGGGUCCCGAGCAGAUACACUACUGGGUCCAGAACGUUCUGUCCGAGUUCGUCAUGUCGGAAAUUCGCACAGUCUACGUGACGGAGCCGCGCCUGUCUUCACUAGCCUUCUGCAGUCGCAGUGGAGUGAGCUUACGUUGCACGGGUUGCUCUCUGACGGCCACGGUUCAGGCCGUCCUCGGCCGUCGCAGCCUGCAGGCGCGAGGGCUCCAUGAACUAGGCGAGCUGCUGGCCACGUGCCGCGACAUCGCCGCGACGACCAGCUUUAGCCGCGAGGGGAAACCUGCGGAGGAAGUGUCCGCGCCAACCUGCUGGGAUCCGGUCGCAGAGGCCUUGCUCAAGGUUCACGAGAACUUCGAGGCCACCUGCGAAGCGUACGGCCGGUCCAAGAGCACAGUGCUGCUCCUGCAGGGCCUCAACAAGCACCUCCUCGGCACGCUCGCGUGUCUGCUCACGCCACUAAGACAGGCGGCUCUAGAGCUCAGUGUGGAACGCUGCCCCACGCUGCAGCUUGUACUUCCCGUCUACCUCCGUCUCGAAAAACUUUUCACCUCCAAAGCCAGCGAGGCCGGCACCGGCAGCAAGCUGUGUCACUACUUCCUCGAGGCCCUGAAGGAGAACUUCAAAGUGGAGCGUGUCCAUCAAGUGGCCAUGAUUCUGGACCCUCAACUGAAGCUUCGGCCGGUCCCAGCGUAUCAGCACGAGGACAUCAUCUCGCGGGUGUGCGACAUGGCCGCCAAUAUGAGGGAAGCGGGAAGCGGCGGAUCCGGAGGGGCAGCCGUGGACGAGCGGGACUCCGACGGACCUUCGGCACCAAAGCGCGGCCGCAUGGACUGUGGGAUGGAGAGGCCGUCGUGCAGCCCCGAAGAGCCUCAGGUACGAAAAGAGCUGUUUCAGUACCUCGGCGAACCACUGUUAAAUGGCACAGGUGACCUGCUGCAGUACUGGAGUUCGGUCAUGGACCGUUACCCGAGGCUGUCGAAGCUGGCGCUGUGGCUGCUGGCCGUACCGGCUGUGGCCGUGCACGGAGAAUGCGUGAACAUCUGCGAGCAGACCUUAACCAUGAAGAGGAAGCAGCAGGUUAGCGCGGAGGAGAUGAACAAACUGGUCUUCCUCAAGAGUAACUUUGCUUGAGGCGGCUCAGGGCUUUCCGUUAUUGGCACCAUAGACUGUUUGAAACUCCAUCCCUUCCAAAAAUCCUACCGAUGAGUCACACGAUAGACGUUCACAAAGAAAGACACCGUGACAAUUGAUCGACAAAUGCCUAGCUUGGCACGGCAACACCGUGAAAAAUCGCUCUGCUCCCACAGAUGCAGACCUGUGGUGUUAUCGUGUCCACGAAAAUGAAAGAAAACCAAUAGUUUGCUGUUCGUCCAUCCGUCAUGUCUUUUUGCAGAACACAUCUGAAUCGCAGUCAGUGAAUUGUUUAUCAAUGAGAACUUCAUUUAGCCAAGGUAAAAAUGGGGUACUUAGAAAAAGCAAUUUUUUCGUUCGGUUUUGCAAUUACGCCUUUACGAAAAUCACAAAAACAGUGCUUGUUGUGACAGCUGGAAUACCUCUCGUCAGCGGUUUAGCAGCGGGCGGACUGUAGGUGAGCCCCUUGCGCCCUGAUCCACCGAUCUCAGUUAACCUCUUUCAUUGUGGUAAACCUUCAGAAGAGCUCUGCUUUCCAUUAAUUUAUUAUACAGGACGUUUCUUUUGUCUUCACAAUAGCGUUGCAAUAACGUGUUGCGUAGCACAGGUUACACUUUCAAGAAAAACGCCUUGCACCUUUGUAGCAGCCCGUGUUUUCCAUUACAGCUCCUUCUGCAAUACCUAUCAGCUACUGGUUUUGUGUUAUUAUCUUCAUUAAUAUUGGCUUGGAGAAGUAUAUUGAUUUCGGAAGGUGUGCGGAGUUCGGGUCAUGUGAUAUGAAAAAUGAUCUCAUGUCUCUCUCUUUCUGAAAAGUGGCAAUAGGGCUCUGAAGUGUUGAAGUGGUCUCUCACUGCACAAACCUCGGUGAACAGAGGCAGGUAACUGCAGAGCUGAACGUUAAGAAUCUACUAUUUCAUUAUUUAUGCACUGGAUUUCUCUUCUCAGUAUUUUCCUCAUUUAUCAGCAGCGGUUUGUUCGAUUAGAGUUUAGGACCAAAGUGUCUUGUGAAUAAUCGGCAGAUUUGUAAAGUUAUUACACGCUAUUCCUGCUUCUUCAUGAAUGUGUCGGCCACGUGUGUUCCCUCCGCCUUUAAACAACGUUUGACAUCAGAAGCGUUUCUUUCAGCCAACGGACAGUUCUAAUCUUCUCCUCCGUGAUCUUCAAGAGUAUUUUCCAGUAGUUUUUCCAAGGAAAGAUGUGAUUAGUAUUAUAUAGUUUGUCUUGUAAUGCCUUGAACAUCUUUGUGUGAUUAUACCGAUAUGCAUGCAGACAAUAUAAGAGUUUAUAUCUUUAUUGAAGCAAGAUGCUGACAGGAAUCUACGGACGAAAUUGCUGAAGAACUCUACGCAGAAGCCGUCGAGAGGAAGCAUGCGGUCGGAUGUGCUUUCUCACAUCCGGUAAAAUAAUAAAACUGAUGACGAUGAUCCCGGUUAGCAUGUGCAGAAAUGUUCAUAUGUAAAAAACGGCUUUGAUAAAUCAGGCUCAGAGACAGCUGCUGUUGAAUAUUGUUGUAUUUCUUUCAAACCACAAGAGGGCAGAAGUAUCUCAGAAAUCUCCAAACAUCUUACCUCUGUUUUCUAUUCAGGCAUUUCAGAUAUUUUGAUAAACUCAGUCUAUAAAUAUGACAGACUUCACAAAGACUUUGACUUUAUUUUCCUUUCCUGGACGAACGCGCGUUUGUCUCCGGAGAAUGCAGCAGUUUGUGUCGACAAGUACUAAUCUGAAAGUAUAAAACACUGUUUCACUCGCAAUUAUUUAUGGAUACAACACGGUUGUUAAUAUUCCUCUUUGUGUUCGGUUGAGAUGGGUUUUGUUUCUUCCUGUUUCCGUCUUGUCUGUGUUUGUCUUUGACAGGCAUUUUUCUGAUUUUGUGUAUUGAGUUGUUUCAGCUGUAGGUCUAAUUUAUACUUUUUUAACGACACUAUUUUUAUAAACAUGACUGAUGAUAGAGCUUUCUCUGCUUAUCAACUGUCAGUAGGACACUGCGCUCUUCUGAGAAUCUAUUUACUCCUGUAGUAUGUGCUGUGAGAAUAAAGAUAUUCAAACAUGACUUUGUCUCUUCGCGCUUC